UAUGACUCUUUUCUUUUUAAUUCUCAUUAUCAGAGUAUUUUAUGCCACAAAGUACUACAAAACUACAGAAAAAAAUGUGCGCUUAUUAACAUCUUAUCUUUGUCUAAAAAGGCAGACUCCGAAUACGCGCACGGAUGGAAUCGUUAUACUAUGAUGUUUAUGGGAAUUUGGCCGGAGAAUUUUGGUCAAAUUUCUAGCUACAAGGCGAUAGUCCCAGUUCUAACAAUGUUCUGCUUCGUAUGCGCGCCACAGUCGGCCAAUUUAUUGUUCAUCUGGGGCGACUUUGACUCGGUGGUAGAAAACUUAUCUAUGGCAAAUAUAACUAUUACCAUCUCGUUGUUAAAGACCAUCAUAUUUUGGUUAAACGGUGGAUCCAUGAGGAUACUUAUGUCAUACAUGAAGAGGGACUGGAGUGUAACUGUGGAUAAACGAGAUCGCAGGAUGAUGUUAGAUAUAGCGAAGAUCACCCGAAAUCUAUCGAUAAGCAGCACGAUAAUGGUUCAAAUAGUGGUGAUUGCCUAUGUAGCGUUUCGAUUCAUCGUCAUUCGACAUACCGGUCGUCAGUUAUUCUUCCGCGCGUAUUUUCCUUACAACGCGAGCAGCAGUCCUUGUUACGAAUUGACCUUCCUCGGACAAUUAAUCGCUGGUAUGUUUGCGGCAACUACUUACACGGCAGUAGACACUUUCAUCGCCACUCUGGUGCUUCAUACGUGCGGUCAACUCGCGAAUUUACGUCGGAAAUUAACGAAUCUGCGUGCCUGCACGAGAGUGGAGUUCCAGGCUAAGAUGAGAAAGAUCGUGAGAAAGCACGAAUAUCUUAACAGAUUUGCAGAAACAAUCGAGGACUGUUUCAACACGAUGCUUCUAAUACAAAUGUUAGGAUGCUCGUUGCAACUUUGUUUCCAGUGUUUGCAAGCGUUUAUGUCGAUGUUUGGCGAAAUGAACCAACUCUUCCUUUUUCAAAUCAUCUUCUUAGUGAUAUACGUGGUUUACAUAUUAUUGCAGUUGUACCUGUACUGUUACAUCGGCGAAAGACUACUUAUCGAGAGCACGAAAAUAGCAGACGCGGCGUAUGACUGCAGUUGGUACAACUUGUCAGCGUGCGAAGCAAAAUUGCUAAUAAUCAUCAUGUGUCGUGCUCGGUCGCCAUUAUACAUCACGGCCGGCCGGUUUUGUUCCUUCAACCGAGAACUUUUCAGCGAGAUUCUGAAGAGAUCGGUGGCUUAUAUGUCGUGCCUCUGCACAAUGAACAGUUUAGGGUGAGAACUAAAUGAUUUAAUAAUGCAGAAAAAGUAUCUAUAUCAAUUGUUUAAUGAAAUUAUAUCGAUUGUAAUAGAAACGAUAUAUAUAUAUUUUCGAGACAUUUGUAAAAUAUACAUACUU